AUGGAGCGAAUGCACUGUGCAGAGUUGAGAACUUUACAACCGCCGUCGCUUGUCGGAAUUGUGAGCCAAUUGGUCGAUGAUCACAUGGUUUUCUUCAAAGACAAGUUGAAGAUCGAUACUCCACUCUUUCCGGAGGUGAAUGCAUAUUCCUUGAUUGCAAUGACCUACCAAUUCCUUAUUCGGUGGGUUCACCAUUGUUCCCAAGAUUUAGUAACAAUGAUGGAACUGACUAUUCCGGCUUCACAGAUCAAGCAUCCGGAAUUCACAAAUCAAAGAGAAAAGGCCCGCUCCUUCCCUUGA